ACAAACUGCCUUUUUUUCGUCUACUACUACAUUAUUUGAUAAAUACCUUGAAAAUUCGCGAAUGAUAGCCAACGAUAAACUUGGGAAACGAGGUGACCUAUCAACCAACCCAUUCAAAAAUGACAUCCUUCCUAAUGUAGAUGGCGUUAGCUUUCCGGGGGGAUACAUUCUUCCAAAUAUCAGUGAGAAGGAACUCUUAGACAAAAAAUUUAAUAUCAGAAACUUUAAAGGAAUUUCAGACCAGGUCCAAGCAUUCUUAAUUGACCUACACAAGAAUUUACAUUUCGAUGAAGGUACGGAGGUCUCUGAAACAGAUGCGCUGGUAAAUAAUCUGUUGGUUCAAAUUGUUGGUUUGCAUCGUUAUCCAUUGAAAGUAAGAUGGCAUCCACGAUGCAGAUUGUAUAUCGCAAGUGAAGCUUAUAUGACAGCAAAAUCUGAAUUCAUUAUUAACAAUAUUAACAAAGAGAAUUUUUCUUUGAUUGUGGUAGAG